AUGUCUUGUUCAGUCAGCGUCCGUGGAUUAUUCUUCGUUUUUAAUUUUACACUAUUUUAUAUUGAUAUUAUAAAUAUUUAUCUAUAUUUUAUUUGUUAUUUAUUUUUCCUUUCUAUACAUAUUCUUUUCAUUAUCUCUAUUUACUUUCUAUCAAUUUAUUCUUUCUUUAUUUCUUCUUUCUUCUUUCAGUCCUGUCUUCUUUUCUCGUCUUCCGUUUUCUUUUCUUCAGUUCCUGCCUUCCUUUUUAAUUCAUUCGUUUUUUUUCUUUCAUUUUGCUUUUAUUAUUUUUUUCUUUUCUUUGUUCUCCUGUUUAUCAUCUAUUCUUUUUGCUUUUUCCUUUCCUUUCUUUUUCUGAAGUCUCUUUUCUUUUACUUUUUUUUCUUUUUUCUAUUCUUUUCAUUCUUCAAUUUUCUUCUUCUUUUUUCCUUUCUUUUGUUCUCCCGUUUAUAUUUUUAUUAUUUUCCUUUCUUCUUUCCUUUCCCGUACUUUCUUUCUUUCUUUCUUUCUUUCUUUCUUUCUUUCUUUUCCUAA